CUCCAGGGACUUAGAACAAACUCUGGUAGUGGAAAUUUCAUCACCCUCAUUUUUAGCUCCUUUCUGAAGUCUGAACCCCUUCUGACCCUGUCACACCAUGAUCCUUGGGGUCGAGAAGAAAUGCGAGGGCGAGAAAGCUGAUUGCACGAGGAGCUGACGUGGACGGGGACCAACUCCACCGGUGCCGAUGGUUGGCUUUUUGGGCCUUUCUUCCCUUCUUUUUCCCGUCGAUUAAAAAUAGGCCUGGCCCGGCGUCUACGCAGCUUGAUUUGAAGCAAACCCCCAUCCACCUCUCUUGGUUUCUGCUGCAAUGCCAUCAUCUCAUUCUUGACUUGACUGCCACUGUCUCCAUCCGUAUUCCCCCCUUCACUCUCGUUUACUCUCCGUUCCUGCUGGUCAGUCUCUUCCUUGACCGUGUCCCUCGCUUCCAACACUCGUUUCCUUCAAUUUCCUCCCCCCUUUUCUCUCGUUGCCCCCCUCCUCCCGCUCCCUCCCGCCAUGCGUCUCGUUCGAGAUUGCCUGUAUGGGGGGUUAUUCCUUAACACGGCGCUCUUCUCCCAGCUCUCCCACGCCAUCGAUAUCGAUAUCAGCAGUACCAGUUCAAUUAAAGAUGCCGCCAGUAAGACGGCCUACGGGUCCAUGACCUGGUAUCAUGGAAACGAAACCGGUCAGAUUCCCGGUGCUUUCCCUAGCAAGUGGUGGGAGGGUAGCGCGCUUUUCACAAGUUUGCUCCUCUACUGGUAUUACACUGGAGACAGUACCUACAACGACGAGGUCCGUCAGGGUAUGCAAUGGCAGGCGGGUGACUGCGAUUACAUGCCCGCCAAUUACAGUAGUUACCUGGGUAACGACGAUCAAAUGUUCUGGGGUCUUGCCGCCAUCACCGCUGCCGAGAUCGAAUUCGCCGACAGCUCCUCCGGAUAUUCCUGGCUCGCUUUGGCCCAGGGUGUUUACAACACUCAGAUCGACCGAUGGGAUGAUUCGACAUGUGGCGGCGGUUUGCGCUGGCAGAUCUACCCUUACGAGGCCGGUUACGCCAUGAAGAACUCCAUCUCGAACGGAGGUUUGUUCCAACUCGCCGCCCGCCUGGCCCGCUACACCUCAAACGACACAUACGCCGACUGGGCAGAGAAGAUCUUCGAUUGGUGUGCCUCGACUCCGUUGCUAAACAACGAGACUUGGAACGUGGCCGACUCCACCGAUGUCGAUAACAGCUGCUCCACCCAAGGCAACAACCAGUGGUCUUACAACUACGGCGUGUUCUUGACGGGAGCCGCGUACAUGUACAACUAUACCGGCAAGGCCAAGUGGAAGACUGCGGCGGAGGGCCUCUUGAACGUCACGCUCGACACCUUUUUCCCGGCGAAGUAUGGUGGAAACAUCAUGUCCGAAAUUCUCUGUGAGCCGACCGAAGUGUGCAAUGACAACGAAAUUCUGUUCAAGGGUCUCGUCACCGGAUGGCUUGGACUUGUGGCCCUAGUGAUGCCGUCGACGUAUGAUAGCAUUUUGCCAAAGCUGCAGGGGUCUGCCGAAGCUGCCGCAGCCUCCUGCAGCGGAAUGAGCAACAACACUUGUGGUGUGCGCUGGUGGCCCAAGAAGUGGGAUGGAUGGAACGGAAUGGAGGAGGAAAUCGCCGUCACCAACGUUCUAUCCUCCGCGUUGGUCAACACGAAGAAAACCGCCCCUGUGACCUCCAGCACCGGAGGCAAUAGUAGUAGUGAUCCGAACGCAGGUACGGGCGACAACACCGGGAGCAGCGGCAGUACCGAAUCGAAGAUCACCACGGGCGACAAGGCGGGUGCCUCCAUCCUGACCAUUGCCUUUGUGGGCAUGUGGGGAGGUAUGAUCGCUUGGAUGGUCAUUGGCGGUUGAAAUAUACCACCAACCUACAAAGUCUUGUGAUUUGUCUGUCUAUAGUGAUUCGGUUCAUAUGGCUGGGCGAUUCCCCCUUUGUCCUUGCUAUGUUUUUUGAUUUGGGCGAUUUCGGAAAGGCGCAAUGUGUCUAUAGGUCUACUACAUUUUGUGAAUGCCUUCUCUCAUGCAUGUAUAUAAUCUAGAUAAGUUGGUUUGGACUGGACUGGUUGGCCUGGGUACGUGUCAGGUUCCCUGUACUUGAUAUUCUUCGUUCAUGUGACUUAUUCUCCGAAAACAUACACAUUGAUUAUUGUUGAAACAAGCAUGUCCUGUGAAUUAUCCAAAGACAUCUUUCUGAGAAGGAAGCACCUGUUCACUAGUUUUACUGAUACUGAGUGACAGACCCAUGUAGGAUGUCACUAUGCUUCUCGUACUAUAUCUAUUUAUACAUUAACCUCUACAAUCAUAGUAGCAGCUACUCCUUACCAACUAUAACCAGAAUAGCAGACAUAACAACCCAGAUAUAGUUACUAACUAGUUAAUAAGCCAGAACCCGAAACACCGAGUGCUUGACGGCAUGUGGUUCAUAUCUGAGUUCGGUGCUAUUUAUAUACCAACUAUCGUCUCGAUAUAGAGUUAGUGAUACUGCUAUUUCUCAUUUGGC